AUGCUUGAGCAGCAUAAGAGUAACGCUUGUCCGACAACCCGCGCAAAAACCGAAAGCAGACCUGCGGCAGUCGCACGCCGUGGCCUAGCGCCUGGCCCGAAAAUCAUCGUGCAAGAGGCUUCAUCGUCGUCGCAGCAUUCGCAGCUGUCUGAGAGUCACGAUGGCAUAAAUGAGACUCGAGAUUUGGGUGCGCAUGAAGUCCUGGUGAAGCAUAUUGGGCAACACAGUCCAGAUAGCCAAAUAAGAAACCCACAAGCUGGAUUACUAUUCCCGAACAGCAUUCUCUACACCAUGCACGUACACUGUAGACACUCCAGCGAAUUGCAGGAAUCCAACGAGUUCCACCCAAAUGAUGCGAGUAGCUACCAAGAGAUUGAGAAGAGAGCAAUGAGACUAGCAGAAAAGGCACAAGAUGGGCCAGAUGAAGCCAAGACGACAAUUCUUCGCUCUGGUUAUUGCACCGUUGCGAAACCAGACGGGACGUCUAUGGCACGGUUUCGGCUAACAUGCAGUGGCCAUUGGAGUAACGUGUUAAACAAUAGCAACCUGUUGAAGGACCUCGAAAGUGACGGGCAGCAGAAAUUAACCAUUAACAUUUAUAGAGAGUACCAAGAUCUUCAACUCCUAGCUGACGAAGACCCAUUCCUGAAGACCAAGAAAUGGGAACUCGAUGAAAUGAUCAAGAAGAAUAUCGAUGAUCGAGACUACAUUUCUGAAGCCGAUCUACAGGCCUACACAUCAAAUCGGAUGAUCAAAGGAAUCAUAGGCCAUGAUCCUUGUUGGGAACCAAGGUUGUCGUCACAAGAGAUCGAAUCAUUAGCGGAUAAAAUCGUAAAGAAGAAUGCGAGGAGAUUCCUAGCUAUGUGUAUCUACACAGAUGUGAGCACCAAGUGUCUUGAAAAGCUUGUCGACAAAGGCUACCAUGAUCACAACUUACCUCAGCUUGUCGAAACUUGCUGCAAGUCCCACUCUAAACGUCGAAAACCCUUGGCACGUUAUCAUGGGAUAUUUCAAACUGCAAGUUUCAACGAGCCAAGAGAGUAUAAUGACAUACCAUCGUACAUCACAAUACCACUCAUACCGGUAGAUGCCGAGAGGGCUACUCCAAGCGACCGACAGACAUCCCUUGCUUCCGAGCCAGAAAUGGAAAAUUUUAUCCAAGCACGGAAGUCAGCAAAGGGUCGAGCUUUGAUUGGGGAAGGUGCGCAUGGUUUCGUGUAUCGAGUUCGCCUGGAGCCUUCUCAUCACAAUCUGUCAGAUGAUCCUUAUGCCGAGUUUGCCCUCAAAGAAUUCAAGCCCAAACCAAAAGGCCUCGAUGUCAAUUUUGCAAAGGAGUCCGAUAUGCUGCAAUCAUUGCGAAAAUUUGCGGAACCUCACCUCACAACUCACAUCGUGUCUUGGACACAAGGGGAGAAGUAUUACAUGCUGUUUCCGCUUGCAAAAUGCAACCUGCAAGAGUAUAUGAGCAUUCAUACGUUCCGCAGCACCAAAGAUGAGAAGAUUUGGCUGCUGAAACAAAUCCUUGGUCUCGCCGGAGCCCUUCGUCGGAUCCAUGAUUUGACAUUCAACAACCCGCUUGCCGGUGACCCGAAUCUUAGUCCAGGUCCACUACACGGGCAAGAAAGAAAAGCUGGCUGGCACCACGAUUUGAAGGGUCAAAACAUCCUCUGUUUUGAGGUGAAUGAAGAUCUGGUACUUCAGAUUGCUGACUUCGGGUCUAGCAAGAUUCAUAUUAUCCGCUCACGUAGCCAUCCGACGCGCACAGUAGCGGGAACACCCACAUACGAGCCACCGGAACUGGAGGAGGAAGGCUCUACUUCUCGACCGCAUGAUGUCUGGUCCCUUGGCUGUGUGUUUUUGGAGCUCUUGGUUUGGGCUGUCCUCGGCUUCAAUUCGCUCAAAGAGUUUGAAGAGAAGCGAAUCAAGAAGCGUGUCCCGGACCAACUACUGACGGACAAUGGCUACUGGGAGAUGAGAGACGGGAAGGUAGAGCUGCGUCCGGCGGUCAAAGAUUGGAUCGAGAAACUCAAAGUGGCUAUUGCCAAUGAGCCACAGCAACCCUUCAAAGAACUCCCAAACGUUAUUCUUGCAAUGCUCAAUCUUAAUCGAGAAAGGCGAUUGACUGCAAGAGAUGUAUAUCACCGUAUUGAUGACAUCUAUAACAGGAAGAAGCUCGAGUUAGAGCAAAGUCUCAACAUUUCUGACCUCACAGGUGCAGAUUUUGCUAACCCGAUUGUAUCCUUCUCCAACGAAAGCGACGGCUCCGAUCGACUAUCGCUGGACAUGCCGCUCGACACGAGCCCAAGGCCUUUGAAGCACACGACACUCGUGAGUGGUGCGGAGCACCUGACGUCCUCGCCUACGGAAGCCUACGCGCAACCAGGCACUCGUAUACAAAGUCGACAGAGCAGCAACUCGGAUGAAUACGCACCCACCCCGGUGCGUGCCGGAAUUGGCACAGCUACCUCCAGACCCUCCGUCCGAAGGGGUGGGGGUUCAGGCUCCCGGGGCACGCUUUUACCACACAGCCCGAGAUCAGGUCCCAGCUCAAAGAACUAA